AUGUUGGCGCAAGGUCCACCGGCUACUGUCACCCUCCUUUUAACACAAUGUCCACCGGCUACUGCCAUCCUCCUGUUGGAGCAAGGUCCACCGCCUCCUGCCACCCUCCUGUUAACACAAGGUCAACCACCUACUGCCACCCUCCUGUUAGCACAAGGUCCACCACCUACUGUCACCCUCCUCACAAGGCCCUCCGCCUACUGUCACCCUCCUGUAAGCGCAAGGUCCACCGGCUACUGCGACCCUCCUGUUAGCACAAGGUCCACCGCCUACUGCCAUCCUCCUCUUUACACAAGGUACACCGCCUUCUGCAAUCCCCCUGUUUACACAAGGUACACCGCCUUCUCCAUCCUCCUCUUAACACAAGGCCCUCCGCCUACUGCCAUCCUCCUGUUAACACAAGGUCCACCGCCUACUGCCAACCUCCUGACAAGGCCCUCCGCCUUCUGCCACCCUCCUGUUAACACGAGGUCCUCAGCCUUCUGCCACCCUCCUGUUAGCACAAGGCCCUCCGCCUACUGUCACCCUCCUGUAAGCGCAAGGUCCACCGGCUACUGCGACCCUCCUGUUAGCACAAGGUCCACCGCCAACUGCCACCCUCCUGUUAGCACGAAGUCCUCCGCCUACUGCCACCCUCCUGUUAGCACCAGGUCCACCGUUUACUGCCACCCUCCUGUAAGCACAAGGUCCACCGCCUACUGCCACCCUCCUGUUAGCACGAAGUCCUCCGCCUACUGCCACUCUCCUGUUAGCACCAAGUCCACCGUUUACUGCCACCCUCCUGUAAGCAUAAGGUCCACCGCCUACUGCCACCCUCCUGUUAGCACAAGGUCCACCGGCUACUGCGACCCUCCUGUUAGCACAAGGUCGACCGCCUACUGUCACACUCCUGUUAGCGCAAGGUCCACCUCCUACUGCCACCCUCCUGUAAGCACAAGGCCCUCCGCCUACUACCACCCUCCUAUUACCGUAAGGUCCACCGGCUACUGCGACCCUCCUGUUAGCACAAGGCCCUCCGCCUACUGCCCCCCUCUUAUUAGCGCAAGGUUCACCGCCUACUGCGACCCUCCUGUAAUCACAAGGCCCACCGCCUUCUGUUAUCCUCCUGUUAGCACAGGGCCCUCCAUCUACUGUCACCCUCCUGUUAGCGCAAUGUCCACCGGCUACUGCGACCCUCCUGUUAGCACAAGGUCCACCGCCUAA